AUGUUGAAUCGUCUAGUUGUCAGGCUAGUUGUAUCAACUACAACAAAGCAGGAAUCACCAGAGUUAAAGAGAGGGAGCAGAUCAUGUUAUUGUUGUCGGCCAUUUGCUUCCGAGCUGAACGAAUUGGACAUGGCUCUUAAUGAACUGGGAAUGCUGAGUUGUGUUACAAAUAGCCGUGAGGAAUACGUACAAGAAUUAAAACAUAGUCACAGUCAAUCGUAUCUUACUGAUAAAAACGAAAGUUGUGUUCUUAAACAGAAUGGACUGAAAAUAAUACAGAUUGAUACAGACUUUGUGACAGGCGUAACCAUGGAUAAACCUCGUAGAAAAUAUUCACUACAGCCUGCAGUCACAAACGGACAUUUAAGUUAUAAUGAUUUUGAACCAGUUUCGUCUCACUGGAGAAAUAGUUAUAGAAAUCAGUUGAAUUCUUUCGAAGAAGAAGCACGAAAUAGUCGUUUGAUGAGGAUACGGAAUUCUCGAUUGAGACGUUUUCGUAAACCUUACAAUGUUCCAGGAAGACUAUAUCAUUCCAUGCAAGAACCGGACAUUCCUCUUGAUUUUGAUAAUUCUUCUCCGAAACAUAUCUCAAAAUCAAACUCUAAUUCUCCCAAUAAGAUAACUACGGGUACCCUAACACGAUCUAAGUCACUGGAUAAUCUAGACUUGGCACGUUUAAAAUUAACAGAACUCUGUCCAGAUAGUGUUGAAGAUAAACAGUCAAUAGACCAGGUCUCGUUUGAUUUCAAUAAUCUACAAGUUAGCUAAUAUAUACACGUUUUAGGAUUUAUUUUAAUUUUAGAAUUAUCUUCCC